UUUACAUAUAUAUAAUAUAUAUAUACAAAUAAAUGUCUUUGUAUAUAUAUGUAUAUGGUUAUAAUUAGUAUAUACCUUAACUUUAGUCUUAGUGACCAGUGAACGCUUCCUGUUGUUUGAAAAAGGUUCAGCCGCGCGCCAGAAGGUUGUUCGCUGUACUUCCGGUUGAUAUCGACCUGCAUGUGUGCAUAUUAUGAUAAGAGUGUUUACUGUCUAAUGUCGAUGGAUUUACCGGUAUGUCGCAAAGUUUGAGACGGUAGAGAACUAGAGUCUAGUAGAGGUAAAUAUUACUCAAUCAUACUCACAGACACUUGCCUGUGGCCGUGACUUGGAACGUUUCAAUAAUAAAAUUAUGCUCUGCUGAUGAGGGGACCUUACAAAUUUAAAUGAAAGAUUUUCUCUGCUGUUGUGAGUACAUCAAUGUUAAAGGAGAUAGAUCACACAUAAUGGCCAUGUGCUGUGACUGUGAAGAACUUGACAACAUUGCAGAUAGAUGUCUGUGUUGCAAGGACCAACCUGGCAAUUAUGGAUUAUUUGCACAGCCGUGUUUAGAUCGAAUACGCAUACCGUGGAUUGGAGGUGCAGUCAAAGUAAAUCUGGGCAUGAUAUGUCCCAUGUUUCUGAUACCAUCAUUCAUAGGCCUGGCUGCAACCAGUUGUACAAUGACUGUCAUUGUAGCUGUUUCCCUGCCAAUUGUCUUCUUUUUACUCUACAUAAAUGUAAGUUUUUUGCGAUUUCAUCCGAAAUCCAGACUCUUCUGCUCAUGGUUCUGGUCAUCGUGUGGAUUCCUUCUAUGGGUACUUGAGUACAUGGUAAUGGCAUACCGUGAAAUCCUGCUCUCAGAAAACCUGGCACUGCUAUUUCUGGUUGGAGUUGCCAUUUACUUUUACCUUCUCACAAAAGGUAAUCCCGGAAUUGUUGGACACAGCACUCGUUUUGAUUCGUCUGAAGACUCGGCCAGAGAUACUGUGCUAGAUAUUAACACACCGAAAGUUGGCAUUGUUGAAAGUGAAAGCCAGUCGCAACCUGCAGUGGAUGGGCAGAGACGUGUGUCGUGCAAUGUUUGUAAGAUUGAGCAGGGAUCACGCACAUCUCACUGUAAACUAUGUGGAGUAUGUAUUGACAGACGUGACCAUCACUGCUUGUGGAUCAAUCACUGCAUUGGGGCAAACAAUCAUCGUUCCUUCGUCUUGUGUCUGAUGUUCUUCACAUUGGCCUGCAGUUAUGGUGCACACCUCACUAUGACCACAGUGUGCACGCCAGACAUGUAUCUUGACUAUUUCCUGCUCCCUGUAAACUGUCAAUUUGUCUACAGCGAUAUGCACAUUGGCGUGUCUUUCGUCAGCGCACUCUACGCUGCACUGCUAGCAAUCCUGGGAGCCAUGUGUUUGGUACAACAGUUCAUGCUGAUCUGUCGGAGCCUGACAGUUUACGAGUGGCGUAAAAACCGCUAUAAUGCGCUCAUCGGCUGCAAUAUGGGGUCGCACCAAAACCUUGGAUGUAUCAGAAACUGUUGUCAGUUCUGGUUUCAAUCAAGGCCAGGUCAUUACAUCAGCAUCACCGAGGUGUAAAGCUGUCACAUCUGCACCUGCAUCAUCUAAUGCUAUUAAUAGCAUUUUGUUUUGUUCAUGCAUUACAAUGUUUAAUAUAACAAAUAUUCAUUUGCAUGAUAUAUGUCUGAACCUAUUUCAUCUUACAAUUAUUGCACUGACGUUCUGUUACAUAAUCUGUGUUAGUUAUGUUGUUUCAGCAUCAUACCAUGCAAAUUCAACAGGUUCAAACACUUCCAUUACAGCUGAUUCGAGUCCACAAAAAUGGUAUUAUGAAAUGGUAUUGUAUAACAUUCUAGUAUAAUAGAUUCUUUAAAUUAGUUCCAUGUAAUAUAUUUUCUCACUUUGAAAUCAGCGACAGAAAAUUCUAAGUGACAUGUAGUAAAGUAAGUUACCAUGACGUCAUUCACCAUUGAAAUGAAGUUUCGCAACCAGAAAAUAUGUGAGUAACUGAGUGCUGAAAUACGAUGCAAAAAUGCCCAGUGUGUUUUCCUUUUAAGGUAAAAUAUUUAUUAAAAUUAUUUUCCAAUGUUUAAACGUGUUGGAAAUCGAUUGCUUAUAACACUGGUGAUGCCAUUGUUUGUACUGCUAGCUCACAGUCUGAAACAUAUUUGACAUUGUUAUGGAAGUUCCUAAUGGAUUCUCUUUUUUGUAAAAUUAUAAAUUUGAAUGUCUGGUAACAGCUA